GAGAGAUUAUGCUGAAACUGUCAUCAAGUUUAACCCUGGCAGUGUUGUUAAGAUAAAAACUGAGCUCAGGGAGGUUGAGGAAGAGGUUGGUGGUGGUGAAGAAGGGGUUCAUAGGGUACCCAGAGAGCUGCCCAUGUUACAAUACAUGUACAUGAGAUUCACAGCACAAAAGCAAGGUUAUUUUUCUGGUAUAAGACCCUUGAUCUGUCUUGAUGGCUGUCAUUUGAAGACUUCUAUGGGAGGGCAACUGUUGUGUGCAGUUGCUAGGGAUGGAAAUGAAAACAUGUUUCCUAUAGCCAUUGCUUAUGUUGAUAGUGAAGACAAAGCAUCUUGGACAUGGUUUCUUGAGGUGAUGUUUGAAGAUUUUGGAAGACCAGAAGAGACUGAUUGGGUGUUUAUGUUUGACAAGCAAAAGGGGUUAGUUGAGGCCUUUAAGGCAGUAAAUCUGAAGAAUGAGCACAGGUAUUGUGUAAGACAUAUGUAUGAGAACUUUCGCAAAGUCUUCAGUGCUGGGGAGUACAAGAAGAAACUGUGGUUAGCUGCAAGCACAGGGAGCUUGAGGUCAUGGCAGAAAAGAAUGGAGGGGAUCAAGACCUUUGAUGAGGCUGCCUACAACUGGUUGAUGCAAUAUGAUCCCAAGACAUGGAGUAGGGCUCAUUUCUCUCCACAUGCUCAUUCUGACGCGCUUCAAAACAACAUGUGUGAGUCCUUUAAUGCAUACAUUCUUAGAGCUAGAUCUAUGCCCAUACUUAGCAUGUUUGAAUGGAUAAGGAAAAGGAUGAUGAAGAGAUUUCAUGUGAAGUACACUGCAAUGUUGAA